ACCAACUCUCCAAUUUUGCUGGAAAUUUGAGCCCACAUGCACUAUAUACAGCAUAGAUGAAACCUUCUAUGAGAUUUUCCAGAUUGAUUUCAGAAUUGGCAGUGUUAGCGACCCAUCAGGAAUCCAGAUAAUCACCUGGCAAGUCGAAUACUUUGGACAGAGCUUAUCAGAACUGGGUGUAUCUAAAAUAUAUGUUAAUGAAAAAGAUAUUGUAGGAGUGAUCCCUAUUGCAAUGGAACCAGAGAUACUGAACACAGCUAUACUUACCGGCAAGACAGUAGCAGUUCCAGUUAAGGUGAUCUCUGUAGACAGCACAAGCACCGUAAGUGACAUCUCAGAAGCCGUAGACUGUCGAUCUGCAGAUGAAGAUGUGUUAAAGGUUUCUGAUCGAUGUGACUAUGUCUUUGUGAAUGGAAAGGAAAUGAAAGGAAAGGUGAACGCUAUUGUGCAUUUCACUUACCAGCACUUUAAAGCCUCACUGUUGAUGACAGUCUGGGUCCCCCGGCUCCCAUUGCAGAUAGAUCUGUCUGACACUGAAUUGAAUCAGAUCAAAGGUUGGAGGGUUCCAAUUAUGUCUAAUAAAAGACCAGCAAGAGAUAGCGAGGAUGAAGAGGAUGAUGACAAGAAGGGAAGAGGCUGUACUCUGCAGUACCAACAUGCAACAUUGCAUGUCCUUACACAAUUUAUAGCAGAACACUCUGAAAUUGUUGGACAGCUCUCCUACCUUCUAGGAUCUGAUUGGCAAGUUGACAUUACAGAUCUGAUUGCUGAAUUUAUUGAAAUGGAUGAACCCAAAGUUGUCAGACUUCAGGGACAAACACUCAUUGGCCAAGAAGUUGGAAUGACAACUUUACAGAUAUUAUCCCCACUUUCAGAUGCAAUUCUUGCUGAAAGAACAGUGAUGGUAGUCGAUGAAAAGGUGACAAUAACAGAUUUAGCCAUUCAAAUAGUGACUGGGAUGUCACUUUCUAUUCAGCUUAGCCCAGGAAGCAACAGGGCAAUCUAUGCAACAACUAUAGCACAUGAGCACCUUUCUACCCCAAAGCAGGAAGUUGGAAUCAGCUGCUGGAUCCAAUUUAGUGAUGGUACAGUGAGCCCCUUGGAUCUAUACGAUCUAAAAGACUUUGCACUUAGCGUUACAUCUUUAGAUGAGAAGAUUUUCUCUGUUUCUCAGGAUUCCAAAUCAAAAUGGCCCACCUUUUUGGCUGUUGCCGAAGGUCAAGGAGGUCUGGUCAAAGUGGAACUCAUGAUUAGUGAAACUUGCCAGAAAUCUAAAAGAAAGAGUGUUCUUACUGUUGGUAUUGGAAAUAUUAAAGUCUACUUAGGUCAGAAAGAUGGAAAUAAUAGCAGAAACAUCAAUCGUGGACACCAUUUUGACAACCACGGCAUUGGGAGAAAACCAAAGACUCAGCUGGAAAUGGCUAGGCCAGAUGUUGCCUACUUUGGAACACCUUCUAUGAACAGUGAUUUUGAAAUAAUGAAUAAAGCAACAACUGAUAAAUCUCUGCUAGGUAGGACAAGAGGAAAAGAGAGUCUUUUGGAUGGCGACAGUCACCUUCCAAAUGUUCCAAUGGAUUUCACCAGUUUUCCUGCACAAGUUGAUCUACCAAAUGGUAAUGGAGACCUGGAGGAACAUGAUCUUGCACAAACUGCCAGAGGAUUAAGUGAUCUAGAAAUUGGAAUGUACGCCUUACUUGGAGUCUUUUGUCUUGCUAUACUAGUCUUCCUAAUUAACUGUGUAACAUUUGCAUUAAAAUAUAGGCACAAACAAAUACCUGUAGAUGAGCAGGAGACCAUGACACACUCACAUGACUGGGUUGGUCUUACCAAUAGGACAGAGUUGUUGGAAAAUGCUAUAAACUUCCCAUCACAACAGGAGGAGUGCAUAACAGCUGUGGAAAGAGGGUUGAAUGUUGAAGAAAGUAAAUAUCUCCUCAAUACAAAUAAUCCAAAACUUGUUAAUGGACAGGCAUACAGGUCUGCAGAGACUUCCUUUAGUGAAGGGAAAGAACAGAGAGGGGAGACUUCUGCCUCACCUACAUCAAAAAGGAAACGUGUCAAAUUUACUACUUUUACUACCAUCCCCUCUGAGGAUGGCUGCCAAGUUGUCAGCCCUAUUCUGAUAAACCAUGAGGACGAUAUCAAAUGGGUAUGCCAAGAUUUAGACAUGGGGGAAUGCAGGGAAUUAAGAAACUAUAUGGAAAGAUUACAUGAAAACGUGUAAGAAAUUUAACAUGUUUCUUUGCUGAAACUGAGUUAGCAAUUUACACAAAAUGGAAAAUACUUUUUUUGUUACAGGACAUUAUGAACUUGUUGCAUUAAACAGAAAGACUGAUAAAUGCACAAAAUUGCAACUUUUUUUAUGGACUACAAAAGAAUAGAAAUAUUUAUUGUCUACAGUGUGUUUUAAGCCCAGACAGACAGAUAUACAAUGGUCUUAAUGAUGUUGUCAAUCAUGAUGCAUUAAAAUAAAUGGAGACCAUAUGAUUCAUA